UUCAGCCGCCCUCCUUCGUCUGUGUCCAGUGUGACAAAACCUCCGCAGAGUCCGCUCCCCUUGUCUGUCAACCCUCGCCGGAUUAAAACCCUAACGAUGGCCGCCACCGGGGUUGCCCCCCUUGUCACCUUGGUGUUCUUCCUCCCCGUCCGCCUGCUCUCCCUCGCGUUCGGCCUCUGCAUCCCCACCUUCCCAUCCGGCGCCAGGGCUCACCGCGUCCGCUCCGCCGCGGCGGCGUUGACCAUGGCGGCGCUUCUCACCGUCAUAUGCGCCGUACCCGAUGCAGAAUCCAGCUUCGCUUCCGAAGCCGAGGCCCUCCGGUCGGAGAUCGGCGAGCUCAGGCUCAAGCUCGCGCGUUUGGAAUCUAUUUUGGAGAAAAACACAAAGAACUUGAGGAGUAAACCUUUCAGUUUGGAAGGAGACAACAAACUCAUAGAAGCAAUGGAACAUGACACCCAGAUUCUAAUGAAUGAAGAAGAGAGUUCCGAGAAAUUCCAAAGCAAAUUCUACUCCGAAAGAAACAUUUAUAUGAUGGAAGAUGAGUUGCAAGUCCUGCAGCAAGAGGUCAGAAAGAUAAACGAAAUUGCAUACAGCAUAGAAUCACUGGCAAUUGAUGCCGAGAAAAGGGUAGAGUUCCUGGGAUCAGAAGUGAAAAAGAUUGACAAUAUAAUUGCAGAGCAAUGGAUCCAAAUUCGGCAAUUUGAACAAGCAUUUGUGUUAACUAAGACGAUGACUUCACAAGUUUAUGCAAGGAGGUUAUCUGAGAAUCCCUACAAGUUGUCAUCAAAAGAGAUAGUUCUCAAGUAUGUCAGGAAUGUUGAUCUACACAGAAUGUUUCUUGCCGUGGCAUUGCACUCAAGGAUCUCUGUUUCUUAUACUUAUAAACAUUGCAGAAAUUUUGUUGAAGCAAUGAACGGAUGCUACCAUAAGGCUUCCCGGUUCCACAAAGCGAUACGGCACCAGUCCUCUGCUGAUGUUGAGAGGCUUAAUGUCUUCUUCUUGGGUGGAUCCAUCUCAAGAUCAUGCAUUUCUCUUCCUUAUAAGCAAUUCAGGAUUUCCAUUUUAUCAGCACAAAAAUUUCACCAUAAGGUCCAAAUGCAUGUCGAAGGUGCAAUGCGAUCCAACAGAUAUAGUAGAAGUUUAGCAAGUGAGCUGAUCACAUCCUGGUUGGCUUAUCUCAUCGUUAUAUCUCCAAUCUGGAUUUCAUGGAUCCUCUUUUCGUCGCGAUUUUGCUAAAAAAUGUGAACAACUUUCUGGAGUUGCGCAGUUUUGUCUCUCUACGGUUACCUUUGAUGAAUAUAGAAUGGUUAAAAAAUCAUCGAAACAUGAAAUAUAGGAUGUAUUUAUAGGCUGCAUUUGUGUUAAUCAGGUUAUUACAGUGAAACCACUAAACUUGUCAUCGUUCUUUUCUAAAUCGUGUCAUCAAUACUGUACAGCUGUCGCUAGGCCUGCGUUAAGAUUAGCAGACCAAUGGCGUCUUAAAUGCAUCACUAAUAAAGCAAUAAUAUCUGGAUCCGCGUCUCA